CAUCAUCGCCCGAAUUAUUCAAACUCAUAAACCCUUGUGUAAAAAGAAGAAGAAGAGACGUUCAAGAACGACCCACAUUGUCUCUCCAAUUAUGUCAAGUCCUUGGUUUUUCGUUACCCUUUUAACUCUAAUUGCUAUAGUCUCACCUACUCCAUUAGCCGAGGCUCGUGCUUUCUUUGUCUUUGGUGACUCGCUCGUUGAUAAUGGCAACAAUAACUACUUAGCCACCACUGCCCGUGCCGACUCUCCACCGUACGGCAUCGAUUACCCGACACAUAGACCCACAGGCCGCUUCUCCAAUGGCUUAAACCUCCCUGACAUUAUCAGUGAGCAAAUUGGAUCGGAGCCAACAUUGCCAUACUUGAGCCCUGACCUCAGGGGCCGAAAACUACUCAUCGGUGCCAACUUUGCUUCUGCUGGGGUCGGAAUUUUGAAUGACACCGGGGUUCAGUUUGUUAAUAUAAUAAGGAUAUUCAGGCAAUUUGAGUACUUUCAAGAGUACCAGAGAAGAGUUACUAAGAUAGUCGGACAACAACAGGCACAGCGGCUAGUAAACCAAGCACUGGUUCUUAUAACACUUGGCGGCAAUGACUUCGUUAACAACUAUUUCUUGGUGCCUUUCUCAGCAAGAUCACGCCAAUUUUCUCUCCCGGAUUUCUGCCGUUAUCUCAUUUCUGAAUACCGCAAAAUCCUCCUAAGGUUGCACGAAUUAGGCGGUCGACGAGUCUUGGUGACCACCACCGGACCAUUAGGCUGCGUCCCAGCGGAGUUGGCGAUGAGGAGCAGGAACGGGGAAUGUGUGCCGGAUGUUCAACGAGCAGCAGCCAUAUUCAACCCACUCUUGGUCCAGUUAAUCCAACAACUCAACUCUCAGCUUGGCUCCACCGUCUUCAUUUCCGCCAAUGCUUUUUCAAUGAACAUGGACUUCAUCACUAACCCUAAAAGAUUUGGUUUUGUGACAUCAAAGGUGGCAUGUUGUGGGCAAGGACCCUACAAUGGACUUGGAUUAUGUACCAGAUUGUCGAACCUGUGCCCCAACCGCGACGUCUACGCCUUCUGGGACAAUUUUCACCCGAGUGAGAGAGCCAAUCGAUUGAUAGUUCAGCAGUUCAUGAUAGGAUCCACUCAGUACAUGAAUCCAAUGAACCUAAGCACCAUUAUCGCCAUGGAUUCAAGGACCUGAUAAUUGAAAUUAUAUUAGUAUAUCAUCUAUCUAUCUAUCUCUCUAUAUAUAGAUAGUAGUACCUUCUAUAUAUAUUAUAUUAGGAUAUCAUCUUCUAUAUACUUAUCAUCUAUGGAGAAGUAGUGUAUUUGUGUCUAUUUUACAUCUUAAUGUGUAUUUAAGGUAAGUUCUAGCUUAUAUAAAUUAUUAUUUCAGUAUUAUAUAAAUUUUGAGACAUUCGUAUUUCCUUC